AUGCCGCUACUUCUUAGCCCCUUUGUCCGAUGUCGACUCGGCGCGGAGCUUCUUGUGCUUUGGCUUGGCUUCAUCGGCGUUACCUGCACCGGUUCCGAGCAUGCCGCCACAGCGACACAACCCGCAGCCUUCUCUGACCUGUUACCUCACUUCUUGGUGGAACCAGAAGACGAGUUCAUCGUGAAAAACAAGCCAGUGAUGCUCACCUGCCGAUCCACGCCAGCAACGCAGAUCUACUUCAAGUGCAAUGGCGAGUGGGUUCACCAGGAUGACCACUUGAUUGUACGGACUGUAGAUCCUUCUACAGCUCUGCCAGUCAUGGAGGUGACAAUAGAAAUCACCAGACAGCAGGUGGAGAAGAUUUUCGGCCUGGAUGAGUACUGGUGUCAGUGUGUCGCCUGGAGCACCACCGGAACUCAGAAAAGCCAGAAAGCUUACAUCAGAAUUGCUUACUUGAGAAAGAACUUUGAGGAGGAGCCUCAGGCUAAAGAGGUGGCAUUGGACCAGGAGGUGUCACUGCGCUGCCAUCCUCCCGAGGGGGUGCCACAACCCGAGGUGGAGUGGCAGAGAAACGAGGACGUGAUCGACCCGCAGAGCGACCCCAAUUUUUUCAUCACGACCGACCAUAAUCUUGUCAUCAAAAAGGCCCGGUUGGCCGACACGGGCAACUACACGUGUGUGGCCAAGAACAUUGUCGCUCGCCGUAAAAGCAACUCUGCCACGAUCCUUAUCUACGUCAACGGCGGCUGGUCCACGUGGACCACCUGGUCGUCCUGCAGUGCUGUUUGUGGGCGAGGCUGGCAGAAGAGGAGUCGGAGCUGCACCAACCCCACACCACUGAACGGAGGCACGUCCUGUGAGGGGCAGAACGUCCAGAAAAGUGCCUGUGUGGCCACCUGUCCAGUGGACGGAGGUUGGAGUGAAUGGAGCAAGUGGUCGCCAUGCGGAGCUGACUGUGCUAUGUGGAGGAGCCGGGAGUGCACCCAGCCGUCACCUGGAACCGGCGGCAAGGACUGUCAGGGGCUGGACCUUCAGUCUCUUAAUUGCACAAGCGAACAGUGCCCACAGACAGCGGGCGGCGCGGAGGACGUGGCCCUCUACGUUGGAAUGGUAGCGGUGGCUUUGUGUCUGACCUUGCUGCUCAUCAUCGUGGUCCUGGUCUACCGCCGCAAGAAGGCAGGCUUGGAUGCCGACGUGGCCGACUCGUCUAUUCUCACUACUGGCUUCCAGCCGAUGGGCAUCAAGCCCAGCAAGCCAGGUGUGUGGGCGCCGCGGCCACGCAGGCCCCUCACCCACAGCAAGAAUUCUCAUUUGCUUACCAUCCAACCCGAUCUAACAACUACCACCACCAGCUACCAGGGCACGCUACGUUCUCGACACGAUGCUCCCAGCAAGUUUUCGAUGACCAAUGGGCCUCUGCUGGACCCGCUUCCAAAGGGUUCGCACACGCUGCACAAUGGAAAGCUAAAUUCGGACCCUGCAGACUUUGUGAGCAGGCUGUCCACUCAGAACUACUUUAAAACACUAUCCCGUGACGUGGCCAAUACCUCCUAUGGGACCUUCAACUUCCUGGGCGGAAGGCUGACGAUUCCCAACACUGGAAUCAGUCUGCUCAUUCCUCCAGAGGCCAUCCCCAGAGGCAAGAUCUAUGAGAUUUAUCUCACCGUUCAGAAAAAGGAGGAUUUAAGGUUACCCCUGGCCGGCUGCCAGACCCUGCUGAGUCCUGUUGUGAGUUGUGGGCCCCCCGGGGUAGUCCUGAGCCGGCCCGUUAUACUGAGCAUGGACCACUGCUCUGACGCAUGCCUUGAUAACUGGGCCAUCCGCCUGAAGAAGCAGACCUACGAGGGCGCUUGGGAGGACGUCCUGCUGAUGGGUGAGGAGCUAGUGUCGGAUCCCUACUACUGCCAGCUGGAGGCCGAGACAUGCCAGCUGUUUUCGGAGCAGCUGGGCACCUUUGCCUUGGUGGGAGAGUCUCUGCACAUGGGUGCUGCCAAGCGCUUGAGGCUGGUGCUCUUCUCCGACGCCUACUGCUCCACGCUGGAGUACAACAUCAGGGUUUACUGCAUGGAUGACACGCAGGAUGUCUUUAAGGAGGUGAUGCAGAUGGAGAGGCAGCUCGGGGGUCGGCUGAUUGACGAACCUCACAUCCUGCUCUUCAAAGACAGUUACCACAACCUGCGCCUGUCCAUCCAUGACAUGCCCCAGGCCCACUGGAGGAGCAAGCUGCUAGCUGGCUACCAGGAGAUCCCAUUCUACCACCUCUGGAAUGGUUCCCAGCGGUACCUCCACUGCACGUUUACUCUGGAACGCCUCAGCCUCAGCACCUGUGAGCUCACCUGCCAGAUGUGCGUUUGGCAGGUGGAGGGCGAAGGACAAAGCUUCAGCCUUGACUUUAACAUCGCCAAGGACACCCGAGCCGUGGACUCUGAGUUCCUGUUAAUGGACACAAACGCCACUGCCCUCGCAGGGCCCAGCGCCUUUCAGAUCCCAUACCUCAUAAGGCAAAAGAUCUGCAGCAGCCUGGACGCCCCGUGUCCCAACGGAGCCGACUGGCGAAUGCUCGCACAAAGACUCAAGCUUGAGAGACACAUGAGCUUCUUUGCAUCCAAAGCGAGCCCGACCUCGGCCAUCCUCGACCUGUGGGAAGCUCAACAUUUCCACGGGGGCAACAUCAACCAGCUGGCUGCUGUCAUGGCGGACAUCGGGAAGCAGGAAGCCAUGAUCUUCCUGGUGUCGGACGGAGAAUGCUAA